CCCAGUGUCGUAGCUCCGGCCGUCACCCUGAUUCGAACUGAGCGGGGAGCUAGCUCCUCGUCAUGUCCAAGUUAAGCCGGGCCACUCGGGGCCUCAGGAAGCCCGAGGCGGGCGGCGUGAUCCGGACCAUCGUGCGGGCGGGCCAGGCCAUGUCUGGGCCCCCUCUGGGUCCCGUCUUGGGUCAGCGAGGCGUGUCCAUCAACCAGUUCUGCAAGGAGUUCAACGAGAAGACCAAGGACAUCAAAGAAGGCAUCCCUCUGCCCACCAAGAUUUUUGUGAAGCCCGACAGGACAUUUGAAAUCAAAAUUGGCCAACCCACCGUCUCCUACUUCUUGAAGGCAGCGGCUGGCAUUGAGAAGGGGGCCCGAAACACAGGAAAAGAGGUGGCAGGUCUGGUGACUUUGAAACAUAUCUAUGAGAUUGCCCGCAUCAAGGCCCAGGAUGAUGCCUUUGCCCUGCAAGACGUGCCCCUGUCUUCCGUGGUUCGCUCCAUCAUCGGCUCUGCCCGUUCCCUGGGCAUUCGGGUGGUAAAGGACCUCAGUGCAGAAGAGCUGGCUGCCUUCCAGAAGGAACGAGAGUUGUUCCUGGCUGCUCAGAAAGAGGCAGACUUGGCAGCCCAGGCAGAAGCCGCCAAGAAGUGACCUCAGCUCCUCGCCUGCAGGAUGUAAGGGCGCAGCAGGAAUCAGAGACCUUGAAGAGGGG